AUGCGAGAAGAAGGCAGAGAGGAACGCCGCCUGUCCUGGAGGGAGAGCGGGCGUUCAGUCAUCAAGCUCAACGUGCGCCACCUGUGGCUGUUCGGGGUGUGGCCACUGGGCACCUGCCCGUUGUACGACGCGUACACCGCAUUCGGGUUCGCCCUGGGCGUGUGGAACACCGUGGAGGGGGUGGUGGCCGCCUACUUCAUCUGGGGGGACCUGGAGGAAAUGACGCUGGUCUUCGCCAACACUUUCACCAUCGCCAGCGGCCUGGUCAAGCUGGCCUUCUACACGCGCGACAGGGGUCUCUACAGCGCUCUGGCGCGGCGUCUGGACGACCUGCUGACGGUGCAGAGGGAGGUGUGCUCCGAGGACCCUGAGCUGGCCAGCAUUCUACGCGGCUCUCGGAAGCAAGCGGCGCGCCUCACCGUGGGCAUGUUGCUGAUGAUGUUCUCGCAAGGAUUCGUUUGGUUUCCCAUUCCAGCCAUCGCACAUCCCGGCGAACGCCGUCUGCCGUUCGCGCAACACGACUGGGACAACAAUAGCAAUUACUACGGGCUCUCGUACGCAGUCCAGUGCGUGGCAGGCGUGUACCUGAGCCAGAUCAGCUUCAGUAUGGACUGCCUGUUCGCUGCGAUAAUGAUACUUGUGGCUGCCCAGCUGAAGAUCGUGUCGUGUCGUAUUGGAAAACUGAAAGCAGACGAGAUUUAUGAGCAGGAGGUAGAGAGAGAUGACCGUUUAGAGGAAACGGUACUCAGAGGAUGCCAGAAACCGUACAGCCAUUUGUGCCAGUGCAUCAAAACUCAUCAGAAAAUUCUUAGGUUCGUCGUACGACUGCAGAACACAAUGACUCCCAUCGCAAUGACGCAGUUCUUCUUCAGCGUCAUCGUCGCUUGCAUGGCGCUCUUUCAGGCCACAUAUAGCAAGGACUUCACUGCCGUAUUCAGAUGUGUCGCUUUCAUGCCCAUUCCUUGCGGCCAGGUUUUACUCUACUGCUGGGCGGCUCACAACGUAACAGAACAGGCGGAGGCGGUAUCGUCCGCGGCGUACAGCUGCUCUUGGGUGGAGGCAAGUCCGCGAUUCAAACGUGUCCUGAGGAUCGUCAUGUGUCGGGCCCAGAAGCCGCUGGUUCUCACUGCUGGACACCUGUACGCCAUAAAUCGGGCCGCCUUUCUCACGUUGGUGAAUGCGUCUUAUUCAUACUACACAUUGUUGGGCCACAUGAACAGGCGUCCAACGCAAGCCUAA